UUAGAUCUAUCGAUCGAUUAUUUUACGCGUAGCACCUAUGUACAGUGAAAUAUUGAAAAACAGAAGGUAAAAGUGACAGUAAGGUUUGAAGUGUACAGGAUUAAUAUUCGAAUAACUGGGAUUUUAAACUUUAUUAAAUAAUAUGUGAAUUUAAAAAAAAAGUGAAAUUUAAUUCAAAUAUAGGAUGUGAAGAUGCCUCACAAACAGAGGCAUGGUUUUACAGUCUCAGAGCCAAAUGAGUUUGAGAAGCUGUACAGACCAAGUGUGAUUCAACAUUUACCUCCGUUGUCAGCCAGAGAACCUGCAUUGAGUGAGAGGCCACAGAUAUUAGAACGUGGAUCAUGGACAAAAGCUGCGCCAAUCAAGGAAAAGAAACAUCAUAUACAAGUCAGUGACUCUAUCGGCAAUAACUACAGUCCAACAGCAAGCCAUCUUACAUCAUCGUAUAUAUAUGAAAACAAUAAAAAUAGUAAGUAAUAUAUGGUUCAGUCCAGUUAGUCU